CCAAAUCUGCAGGAACUAUGUGAGCUAGUGUCUGUUUGUUGCUCCGUUCAGAGUUUGGCGGAGCCGUCCGUGAGUCUCUUCUCUCUCAGCGGUUUUGAAGGCCUUGAGGAUCGCUGGUGUUCAGACGCGGAGAACAUGAGCCACUUCUUCCUCCAGUCUGUGAGAGUCCACAGCGGCCUGUGGGUGGCGUAUGAAUACGCUCGCUUUAAGGGCCGGCAGAUGCUGCUGCAGCCGGGAGGGUAUCCGGUUUGGACCGAACACAGCGGCUGGGACACGAUCGGAUCGCUGAAGCCUCUCAGACAGCCCAAAGCGUACAUCCAGCUGCGGAGCCGAGCUCUGGGUUCAGUUCUGACCAGCGAGAGUCUUCCAGACGGGUCCUUUCCAGCCAAACUCUUCCUGAGUCCCGCCGAUCGCUCGCUGGACACGCAGCGCUGGAUCUUCAGCCACGGCCUGCUGAAGAACACGGCGCGGGGGGGCUGUCUGUCUGUGAUCGGUGCGAAAGCCUGUGCCGGGGCCCCAGUGGCAUUAUGGGAAGAGCACGGGCGUGUCAACCAGCGCUGGAGUCUGAAUGAGGACGGAAGCAUCUGCUCUCAUCUGAACCGCAGCCUGGCACUGGACCUCAGAGGUGGAUGCGGCGCGGACAGAGAUCAUCUGAUUGUGAGUCCGCUUCACGCUGACAGCGCCACUCAAACCUGGGACAUCGACGUGCUGUGAAACACAGCAACACACGUGAGCAAAUCAGGGACUGAGACCAGAGCACAUCAUUCAGAGUGCUCAGCUACAAGCCAAUAAUUGAUUCUGGGCCGUUUUCCUGGAAAGGACAGUCUAGCACGGUUUGAAGCUGCACUGUGACCGUGGAGGUGUUUGUUUUUAUCUUGUGAAGCGCGUUUGCACUAGCAGAAACCUCACAUGCGUUCUGCAGAUGUUUCAGAUGAAGUCAUGCUUCAGUCCGCCUGGAAGUGUUGGCUCCAGCUGUAGUGUCACGAAAGCAUUCAGAAGGUUAAAGCUAGUCAUUUCACUGGAGUCCUUCAGGAACACUAACGUGUGUUUCGAGUCCGCCGUAAAUGAACCACAAACGUAUAACGUGUACGGCGACGCUCAAAAGCAGCAUUUUUUAAAGAAUCUCAACAAUAAAUCGAAACCGUAAAAUGCA